AUGGCCUUUAUUCUACGUGACCUCAGAACAACCAGUAUCAACCGUCUCAAACUACCCAUUGCACGCCGCACAUUUACGAUAUCGUCCAUUACCAUGGCCUCCAGAAUCAGCGAAACCAUCAAGAAUGAUCACCGCGAGAUAGAAUCAUAUUACGAUCAGAUUCUCAACGCGACAGAAGAGACUGAGAAGACAAGAUGGCAGAACAUGUUUACCUGGGAACUGGCACGACACUCGAUUGGAGAGGAACUUGUUGUCUACCCAGCCUUUGAGAAGUACGUGUCUGGCGGUGUCGACAUUGCCAACAAGGAUCGCCAAGAGCACCAAUCAGUCAAAGAACAAUUGAAAAAGUUUCAGAAUAUGAAGGCGUCGGAUCCUGAAUUCAUUCCUACCCUCAAGGCUCUUAUGGAUGAUCUGUCGCAGCAUAUCAAGGAAGAAGAAGCGGAUGACUUGCCCAAACUGGAAGAAGCUUUGUCACAAGAGGAGAGUGAGAAGUACUCGACAUCUUUUGGGAGAACCAAGAUGUUUGUUCCCUCUCGCUCUCAUCCCAGUGCUCCAGACAAGCCACCGUACGAGACGGCUGCAGGCCUUUUGGCGGCACCAUUUGACCAUAUUGCCGAUCUCUUCCGCAAGUGGCCUCACACCUCAGGAAUGCCCAAUCCUUCUACAAAGUAA